CUAUGUAAACGGACGAUUUACGGUGUGCGCACCAAGCCUCUGGGAUAUAAGAGGGCGCGAGUCGCAUCAGCCCAGAGCCCCUUAGCCGUGGUCACGCAACGAGUUGCGACAUUUAGAACAGGUUUUUCCUUUCGUGGCCCCGCCUUGUUGAUUUGUUUUCUGCCUUGUAUUUGUUUCCUUUCCUUUCUUCUUUAUUCCCCACCACGUUUCGCGGCCACGAGCACGUCCUCUGGCCACUCCAGUUGGCUUCCGCCAGCCGUGCGUUACACGUAUCCGCAAAAAGGAUAGACACGAUUCAAAGGACAUGCAAGAACCAGCGACUGCCGAAAUGGCAAAAUAUGCUUCGCACAACGAGUCCGCACCGUUCAAGGACUACUGGAACUACCUCUUCGUGGAGCUAGCAGACCCCAGGACGAACGACUGGCCUCUCCUGACGUCGCCGAUCCCGGGCCUGUCCAUCAUGGCAGCGUACCUCAUCUUCGUCAACUACCUCGGACCGUGGUACAUGGCAGACAGAAAACCUUUCAACCUCCACAAGACUCUCGUCAUCUACAACGCCCUUCAGGUCUGCGUUUCGGUCUUCUUAGUAUACGAGGCCCUUGACGCUAUUUGGCUCACGAAAUACAGUUAUUUCCGCUGCGAGCCGGUCGACUGGUCAGUGACGCCCGAGACGAUGAGGAUUGCCCGCGGCUUCUACAUCUACUUCCUCGCCAAGAUAUCUGAGCUUCUCGACACGGUUUUCUUCGUCCUGAGGAAAAAGCAGAAGCAGAUAACCUUUCUCCACCUCUACCAUCACACGACUAUGCCGAUGAUAACGUGGGGCGCGGUCAAAUACUACCCUGGUGGCCACGGAUCCUUUAUUGGCCUCAUAAACAGCUUCGUUCACAUCAUCAUGUACUCUUAUUAUAUGCUCGCCGCCAUGGGGCCGGGCCUGCAGAAGUACCUCUGGUGGAAGAAGUACCUCACGACGCUUCAGCUGAUCCAGUUCUGCCUGACUUUCUACCACUUCCUCCAACUGCUCUGGAGCGACUGCGACUACCCCAAAUGGUCGGUCGUCAUCGUCCUCCCCAACGCCAUCUUCUUCUACUACCUCUUCAACGACUUCUACAAGAAGACCUACGUCGGCGAGGAGAGGUCGGACAAAAGGCUGAACGGAUCCGCCGUCUCCAACGGAAAAAAGCGCGAUUAACGUCAAUAACACACGCAAAUAGACAAAACAAUAAAACGACUUUUCAACGAAUAAUUUUCAAACGAUUUCAACAAAAAAACACGCAUAUCAUUUGAUUCUAUUAAUUUUGUAAAGUCAAAGAGGAUCCUGUGAGCUCCGACCACCAAAUCGUGCAAAGGAAACACCGGCCGGAUCUGUGUUCAUCUGUGAUAUGAAAUAUAACUCAAUACUACCGAAGGUGUCUUAAAAAUUAAUUUCUUUUCUACAAAAAUAAAAACGCGCGAUCGUUCCCAUAACACCGGGAGUUAUAAUGACGUCGUUAACUUAGGAGUGUGGGCUGGCGUGGCGUCUUUACAAGUGGUGGAAGGGAGUGAUGCGGGGCUCAGAUCUGUGACGUCAUUCGGUUGCCGUGACAUCAUUUCAAGUGCAGGGAGGAAUGCACUCAACUCUGAGCCGCCAUUCAGCGUUAAUCUGUCCCCUCACCUUUUUACAUCUAACCAUUUAUAAUUGGAUGGAGAACUCGCCCCACUUUUCAACCCAACAUAGCGUUUAUGUCGUCAUUGGCAGUUUCUAAACCUUCACCACUCUAUAGCUACUGACAUCAUUCGGUGGUCAUAGAGUAGCGAGGGGGGGCCAAGUCGUGAGUACCUUAAGGCGAUGGAACAAAACUAAAAAUUGCUCAUUUUCUAUCCGGGUCUUGUGUGAGACAUGACAAUAUAUAUUUUUUUAAAUUAAGUUUAAAAAAAAUAUUUUAAAGCAGGUUUUGAAAUUCCUUAAGACUCAUUUCAAUUUGGGUGAAGAAAGUCUUCCAAUAUUUUACUUAGUGUGAAUAGUGUGUAUUUUUAUUGUUAGUGUUUUUAUUACAUAUAUAUAAUUUUUUUUGUAAUUUUUUACAUUAAUUUUUUCCAACCCUGGGGACGUUGCGCGCGUUCAGCUAAGGCCGGUUUUCGCCGCUCGCAGGAUCCUCGUCGCGCUCACCGUAAAUGACGUCAUAGUAGGAGUGCCCUCACUUCUCGCCACUGUGUGACCUCAACUUUGAAUUGGGGAGAGAUGGCGUUAUCAGCGAUUGGUCGCCCCCCACUCGCGACAGCUGGCGUCAUUCGACGGUUUAAGUAUGGGAGAACGCGCAUUAUAGUUAUCAGCGUUAGAAUUGUUUUUAUUGUUUGUAUUUGUUAUUUUUGGAGGAGAAAAAUUCAAAUAAUCAAAUUGUUAUCUUUAAAAAUUGUGUAAAAUAUUUAAACAGGCUUUGGUGCGUUUUUUUAUUGUGUAAUUAUUUUGUUAUUAAUAUAUGUAUAUGUGUAUGUUUAAACACACAAAAAAAAGACAAAACGUAGUGUUUAGUGUAUUUUGUUGAUAAAAUAGCAGCUUUAAAAAUUAGAAUUUUUUUCGAAAAAAUGGUUAGAGAUAAGGGGUAUCUUGUAACCGCAAUACAAUUUGACGUCAGAGACUGAAACGAGCAUAACAACCUGACGUCCCGGGCCUUACAACUGACGUCAUGAGCCUUACAUUUGACGUCACAGACGUUCUUUCUGACAUCACGAGCAUAACAAUCUGACGUCACUAGCCUUAAAAUCCGACGUCCCACACCAGAUCCCCACCCCUCGGCGCAAAUUAAAAAUAUAGAAAUAUUGUCAAUUAAUAAAAAUAAUUACAAAAACUCGAAAAUAAAUAUAAAAUAAUUUUAAAAAGACCCCGUGUCUUUCGGCUGAUUUCGGUGCACUUGGAGGGUUCACGAAGGCCGCCACCCCAGCUCAGGAAGUACUGUGAUAAUCGGCGAGGCCGGGCGGACCCCAUUCUUGGCACAGUUGGCGUAUAUUUUUCGAGUCUUCCAACGAUGUUUUUUUUUUUUUUCUUUCACUCAGCCUUUGUAAAUACAAAGCACGGUUCAAAUGACGGCCAUAGUUGUACAACGAUCAAAGUUUUUUUUCUAUUCCUUUCUUCUUUUUUUUUCUUUUUUUUUGUAAUGACAUUUAGUGAUUGAUAUGUACAUUGUAUGCAUGAAUAAACAAAAAUUUGUAAGUAAA